UCCAAACCCAUCAAAUCCCAAACAAAAUUAUCCAAACUUCCAGACUCAAAUUGUGUUUUUGAAAAAUGUCGCAUCUGCAUAAUCAACACGGGGCACAGCCAACCGACGCCUACGGCAACCCGAUCCAGAGAACCGACGAGUACGGGAACCCACUUGGCGGUGCUACUACAGGUGCCACCACCGGAGGAUACGGUGCUCAUGACACAGCCGCUGCGACCACUGGUCACGAUUACGGCAGGAAAGAGCACCAUGGUGUCACUGGUGUGCUCCACCGCUCUGGCAGCUCAAGCUCUAGCUCUUCGGAGGAUGAUGGGCUAGGUGGGAGGAGGAAGAAGGGGUUGAAACAGAAGAUAAAGGAGAAGCUCCCGGGAUCAACCACGACUGAUACAACUUACGGCACCGCUGGCACCACCUACCCAGGAGGGCACCAGCAGGAAAAGGGGGUGAUGGACAAGAUGAAGGACAAGCUGCCGGGUACUGGCCACAAGGAUGACCCCCACUACUCAACCACAACACAUGCUACUACGACCACAACUCCCUACGGCGGUGCCACCUACACGGAGGAGCACCACGAAAAGAAGGGGAUCAUGGACAAGAUCAAAGAGAAGCUUCCCGGCGGAAACCACUAGAGAUUAUAUAUCAUUCCUGUAUUAAUAAAAGCCCUACAGUAUGUAUACAGUGGUUUAGUGUUGUUGAAUCGUAUAAUAAGCUAGCGGAGCCUGGUGCGAGCUUAGCUCUGGUGCGGCUAAUGCACCGUACACUACGCAAUAUCGUUUGUCUUUGUGAUAUAUAACUUUGUCUGUCGUUUAUAUUAAUAUAUUUAGUGCUCGUUCGAGUAACGGUAAUUCCGGUU